CUCACUCCGCGUUUCGCUCCUUAGAAGAAGCAGUUUGUUCAGUAAAAUGCUGAGCUUAAAUGUUGCUUUUCGUCCUUCUGAUGGGAAUUAACCUUACACGUUGAGUUUUUUUUGGAGUAUGUUUGUGAGUUGCCCCCCGCCUGUUGUCUGAAGGACGAGCGCUGUUCGCGGUGCUGAAAGCUGCAGAGGUUUUCGCGCCUCUGGAGAGAGAUGAGGAGGAAGAAGCUCUCUGUGGCGGGCUUUAUACUCGCCUGGAAAGUUGCUCUGUUCCUCAGUGUGAGCCAGUGUAAGGAGCUGGACAAUGCUGCGAGGACACGGCAAGUCCCGAUGUCUCCGUCUGAUUUCCUGGACAAACUGAUGGGGAGGACGUCUGGAUAUGAUGCCAGGAUAAGACCGAACUUUAAAGGUCCUCCAGUCAAUGUGUCCUGUAACAUUUUCAUUAACAGCUUUGGCUCCAUUGCUGAAACCACCAUGGACUACCGUGUGAACAUCUUCCUCCGUCAGCAGUGGAACGAUCCCAGGCUUGCCUAUGCUGAAUACCCCGAUGACUCUCUAGACCUGGACCCCUCAAUGUUGGACUCCAUUUGGAAACCAGAUCUGUUCUUUGCCAACGAGAAGGGCGCCCACUUUCAUGAAGUGACUACAGACAACAAACUGCUCAGGAUAUUUAAGAAUGGGAAUGUUUUAUAUUCUAUAAGGCUAACAUUAACUCUGUCAUGUCCCAUGGAUUUAAAAAACUUUCCCAUGGAUGUCCAGACCUGUAUCAUGCAGCUGGAGAGCUUCGGUUACACAAUGAACGACCUGAUCUUCGAGUGGCAGGCCAACGGACCAGUCCAAGUGGCUGAAGGCCUCACGCUCCCUCAGUUCAUCCUCAAAGAUGAAUUAGACCUCAUCUACUGCACCAAGCACUACAACACAGGUAAAUUCACUUGCAUUGAGGUGCAGUUCCACCUGGAGCGUCAGAUGGGUUACUACCUGAUCCAGAUGUACAUCCCCUCUCUGCUCAUUGUCAUCCUGUCCUGGGUCUCCUUCUGGAUCAACAUGGACGCCGCACCGGCCAGAGUGGCACUGGGCAUCACCACUGUGCUAACCAUGACAACACAGAGCUCAGGAUCCAGGACGUCUCUGCCGAAGGUGUCUUACGUGAAGGCUAUAGACAUUUGGAUGGCAGUGUGUCUUCUCUUUGUCUUCUCUGCGCUGCUGGAGUACGCCGCUGUCAACUUUGUGUCGAGGCAACACAAAGAGCUGCUGCGAUUCAGACGAGCACACAAGAGCAAGAGCAAGAACAGUGGAGGUGCAGUUGAUCCAGAGGAGCUAGCUGAUUCCCUCCGCCGUGUUAACAUUGACAUCGGCCUCAAACCAUCAGACCCUCUGUAUGGAUCUAUGAGCAACAUCUACACCGACAACCACAGGGAAGGGGAAGUACAUGAGAGCAGACCGACCUCCACAGCCGCUGUGACCUCCACUCCCAGCAACAGCAAGGAGUCAAAGGCCAGCACCAACAAUACCGUGGCUGUGGUGAAUACCCCCGGAGCCACGGCGAACACUACCCAGAAUCCAUCUGGACCGACAACAGGUGGAGGGGGUAAAAGCACAGAAGAGAUGAGGAAGUUGUUCAUUGACAGAGCCAAAAAGAUUGACACUGUAUCGAGGGCCGGCUUCCCUCUCGCCUUUCUCUUCUUUAAUAUAUUCUAUUGGGUUCUUUAUAAGAUCCUUCGACAUGAAGAUGUACAUAAGCGGUAGAGAAGAAAAAUAUUUAUUCAUAUACAAUAUGUGCACACACACACACACACACACACACACACACACACACACACACACACACACACACACACACACACACACACACACACACUCUUGUUCUGCUAUUCAUUUGAGGACACUUCUUUAAUCCAGUACAUCCUGUGGACCCCCCUGACCUCAAGUUUCUGAAGGCAUAGAAGAAAGAUGGAUGCUCAAUAACCUUGUACAGGAAAACACAGUAAGGGAUCAUCUAAUUAAUAACUCUACCCGGGAAAGAUGAUGUUUGUUUUCACAUAUUUUUAUCUAUAAAAUAAUGAGCAGGUUGCUCUCUAAAA